AUGUUACGCUUGAAACCAUCAGAGCUUACCUUGACGCCGGAGGACAUCGACGAAACUUUCCAGCGCAUGGCACGACGGCGGCAGGCCAGGGCCCCUGUGCCCCCAGCACAACGACGCGCGAAGCACACUGGACGUCCUCCCCCACCCCGGCUUGUUCCUGGUGCGCAGCGAUCCGUGAAUGACGCCGUCACCCAUCUUGGCAACAUCCCACUUCUGAGGCCCCGACCUCAACAGGCUGUCAUUGCACAUGUUGACGAUGACUCUGAAGGUUCUGAUGGCACGCUGGACGAAGCAUCACACCAGUUGGAAACCUCGCCAGAUCUUGUAGAUGUCCCCUCACAGCCCGGGCUGCUUCCGUCUGCUCUAUCUGCAGCCACGGCGCCGCGUCACAGCACGAGGCUACCUUUCCGACUCGGACUUUCACGCAGAACACUCGAGGUUGAGCGAGAACCACACCCUUCGCCGACUGGACAAGCUGAUGACUCCGAAGGAACUCUUGUUGAGCCAGCGAGUUCUCCAUUGGGGACGACCAAUGUUAGCCUGUCCACUCCUGGUCGAAGCAGGCCGAAAGAACCCUCUACUAGAGACUCCCCACCACUUCAAUCUAGCCCUUCUGCUACUCCGGCAAGUUUGCGAGGUGGAGCAAGUCGCCCUCAACGAGAUCGUGUUCAGUCCAUCGGCCAAGAAUCGCUCCAUGCUCCGUCGCCACUUCGCCAGACGCAGGUACCUGGCCCAACGCUUGAGCCAGACAGUGACUUGGCCAGCUCAGACGAAGAGUCUCCAGUCAGAUACUUACAGGGCUAUUUCAAGCCGAACACUCAAGAGUACACUUUCGAAGAACUGGUGCAAGUCGCUCCACGUACUGAACCAUCUCGCAAGGCCAGUCAGCCGCAACUUCAUUCACGGAGUCGCUCGUUUACUGACGCUCCGCCUCUACGCUUUCUUGCACCGACACCCAAUUUACCGCCUCCUUCUAGAGAAGAUAUGUUCUGGGAUGGUGCCACACCCGCACCUGGGCAUGCUACUUACAAUCAGACGGACGGACGACCCAGACAGCAUAGUAGUGAGAUGUCAAACAUGAGCUUAGCCUACUCAUACUACGAGCUUCCUGAGAGCCGGCAGUCGAGCGGCGAGUAUUCGUCGCUUUUCCAGUCACAGUACGAUGUGGAUGCAGGUUCACGGGAGCCCAGCCGCGGCACUUAUCGCUCAGUGCGACUCUCAGAAGCGCAAGUUCUUGGUAAUGCAACGAGAUCUCCAACACCUGGACCAACAAGCUUUCAGCCUCCGAUACCAAUGUUCUCCGCCCACAUGGGUGCCUCUCCCCUUCCAGCAGAGCCUUAUGGACGUACACCUACUGGUGCCAACCACCAACCAACAUUUCGCCAACAAGUCAGCGAGACGGCUCCGGCUCGUAGAAACGCUAUCGUGGCUGCCGUGGAGGAUGAUGUAUCGCCCUUGGAAGCGCUCACAGCGCACAUUGGGAGGGAGUCGCAACGUCUCGGGGGCUAUCAAGGACAGCCCCAGCGAAGCAGCCAUCUUCCAGGGCUGGGUCAUCCAGCGUACAACAACCCAGGUCCAGUGAUGGGUGCACACGAUCCACGCCAAUUCAUGUUCAGUCCAUCGUACAUGCAUGUUCCACAAUCAUACGCGCACAGUUCUCAUCCGUUCGUGCGUGGCUCGCAAGGCUUGGUCGGUCAACCGCUGUUUGCUACGCCAAGUGCAUUCGGCUCAACCAUGGCUAUGGCCGAUGAUCCUUAUACGCGAGGUGUUUCUGCCCAUGUAGGUCAAGUGCAAGGCUCUGGCACACGUCCCUCGUGGACUCAGGCUCUUCCUGCCAGCUAUGUGCCGCCACGGCCAAGAAGCACACAGGGAGGACGGAACGGCCAACGCUCCAGCGAGAACGCCCCAGCCAGCACUACGGCUCGUGUGGUUGGAACGUCACAAGUACAGGAGCAUGCCUUUGCGUUUGGGCAGAUACCCGAUCCCGCUCCAACUAGGUCAGUCAUCGCCUACUAG